AUGACCCUCUCUUGUUGCCGCUUUGCCUUUGGGGCCCGUCUCUUUGUGCUUGGUUGGGCUCAAGAGCAAUUUGUGGAGAAGUCGUCUUGUUCUCAGCCCCUAACUGAAUCCGGGUUAGAGACCCAUGGAGAUUUCGGCCGUAGCAGCAGCCCUUUCCUGUGUACAGAGCCCUCAUCCCCACCACUCCUGUCUCCCCAGCGAAGGAUGGCCAAGAUCUCAUGCAGUCUGGAGACAAGGGCUUGGACAAAAUUCCAUGAACUGGGCACUGAGAUGAUCAUCACAAAAUCAGGCAGAAGAAUGUUUCCAACCAUCAGGGUUUCCUUUUCGGGAGUGGAUCCAGAAGCAAAGUUCAUUGUGCUUAUGGAUAUAGUUCCAGUAGACAAUAAGAGAUACAGAUAUGCCUACCACAGAUCUUCAUGGCUGGUCGCUGGCAAAGCCGACCCACCUCUGCCUGCAAGGCUGUACGUGCAUCCGGACUCUCCAUUUACAGGGGAACAAUUGCUGAAGCAGAUGGUGUCCUUUGAAAAAGUGAAGCUAACAAACAACGAGCUUGAUCAGCACGGUCAUAUAAUCUUGAAUUCAAUGCACAAAUACCAGCCGAGGGUGCAUAUCAUCAAGAAGAAAGACCAUACAGCCUCUCUGCUUAACCUGAAAUCUGAAGAAUUCAGGACAUUUAUUUUUCCAGAGACAGUGUUUACUGCUGUCACUGCCUACCAGAACCAAUUGAUAACCAAGCUGAAAAUUGACAGUAACCCUUUUGCUAAAGGAUUCAGGGACUCUUCCAGACUCACUGAUAUAGAGAGAGAAAGUGUCGAGAGCCUUAUUCAAAAGCAUUCUUAUGCACGAUCUCCCAUCAGAACCUAUGGGGCUGAAGAUGAAGUUCUUGGAGAUGAAAGCCAAACAACACAAAGCAGGGGAUCUGCUUUUACCACAUCUGACAACUUGUCCCUCAGUUCCUGGGUUUCAUCAUCAUCCAGUUUUCCUGGAUUCCAGCAUCCACAGUCUUUGACUGCCCUUGGUUCCAGCACUACAUCCAUAGCCACUCCUAUUCCACACCCAAUGCAAGGAUCUCUGCCUCCAUACAGCCGGCUGGGGAUGCCACUGACACCUUCUGCCAUUGCCACUUCAAUGCAGGGAACUGGCCCAACAUUCCCUUCAUUUCACAUGCCUCGGUACCACCAUUACUUUCAGCAGGGGCCUUAUGCAGCAAUCCAGGGACUGCGUCACUCCUCAGCGGUAAUGACGCCUUUUGUAUGACUGACCCUUAGAUGAGAGGAGCCGAGACUUGGAACAGAAGCAAUGACAGACUUGAUGAAAAAACGAAUAGAGGAACAGUAGAGUAAAUCCUAAGAAAACCAUCUUGCAUAAAACUUUGGAGUUAGAUUUCUCCUCUGAGGGAUCAGGAAUUACGUGAAGCAUGGAGUGUCUCAGAGGUUUAAGGAUGAUACAGCCAAAGGAACUCCAGAUGUUGAAAAGUCUGUAAUUAAAUAUUGAAUACUUGGAAGGUGCAUCAUAACCACUAGAUAAGAGGCUGUGUUCACAUAGCUGUGUAUAGUUGUACUGUGUAUAGAUUUCUCCAGAGCUUGGGAAAGUUACUUGAGAAAGUUCCCAGAGCCUGGGAAAGUUAACUGCAACUUCAGAAUUCCUGCAGCCAUUAGGGCUGAGAGAUUCCAAGAGUCGUAGUUCAAAAGGCAACUUGUCCAGGCUCCAAAUUUCCCCUCCCUACAAAGGCAAAAGAGACAAUAUUGUGCAAAUAACUUCAUUGCUUUAUAUCAAUAAUGGGGGAAAGUGUUUGGUUUUGAACAUGUUUGAGCUACUUCAGCAUUAAGUUCACUAUGAAAAUAAUGGGAAAAUACUAUCCAUCCUUUCCUCCCCACUAUUUAAUUCAUUUAUUUUAAAUACUGUCCCCAGUUCACCAAGAACACUGGACACAAUGCACUGGCAUUUCUCCUGCUCAGUUCUUGUGGAAAAGAGUGCCAGAUGGAAAAGGAGAAUACCUGCUCUUGGACAACUUUUUCAUUGGUUGUGGAGAAGAUAGUCCCACACCAACAUUUCUUUGAUCUCAGCCAGAAAGCAAAAUGCCCCUCUUUUUUGUAACCUUUAGAUUUGAAAUUAAGAAGUGCCAUUAGAAAAUCACACCAUAAUGUUUUUUGAUAAAUGUUCCCUAUAUUCCUUGGAGUAGCAAUUUAAAAACUGGUUUUCAAAUUGCUUGCAAUGACUUGUUAAUUUGAAAUAUGAAAGAGCUCCAUGUGCCAUUCUCACACAUUCAACAUAGUAGGUUCUAUAACAACAACAAAAUGACACGUGCAGUUGUUCUUCCACAUUUGCAGCUUUGGCUUUGGUGGAAUUAUUUACAGAUCUGGUUAAUAUGUUAUCUCUAGAAAUCUUUAGGUGCUCCAGCACAACUCUGCCAUAGAGUCACACUGGAGAACCUAGAGAUUCUUAGAGCAAACACUUCUCUUCAGCACAAUUCUAUGGUCAUCUUCUGCAAGAUGGUAACCAUAGAGUAGCAUUGGAGGACCUAGAAAUUCCUAGAGAGUUGUUCUCUCAUUUUUUAAAAAUAAACUUUUUUUAUUAUUUAAGGUUUUUCCACUUUCACGGGAGUCCUCCACCCCUUACUCCAGCAAAUGUGAAGGGCCCACUGUAUUUGCUUAAGGUUAGAAGAUUGAGGGUUAAGACAAACAACUUGUGGCUUUCCAGCUGUUGCAGAACUGCAGUUUCUGUCAGUCCUCAACAGCAGAGCCAAUGAUAAGGACCGAUGGAAACAGCAGUUCAACAACAUGAGAGGACCACCUCUGAAACAGAAAGAUAAUAGAAGCUAACCAGCAAUAGCCAAUUAAAACCACCAGAUGGAAACAUAAGAUGCACUUUUAAUAUGGAAAGAUCCCAAAGAAUAGAAAGCUACUGUAUAUAACAAAGAUGAAUCAAUGCUGCCUACACUGUUAUUUAAAUUGUAGCCUUCAAUGGGGCCAGGGAAUGUGUGGUGCUCCAGUGUUGUUGGACUGUAACAUCAGCUUUAGCCAGCAUAGCCAACGUGAGGGAUAAGGAGAAUUGCAGUUCACCACCUGGAGGGUCACAAGUUGCACACACUUGUUAGACUUCUGACCAUUGCAGCUUUUAGUCACAGAAAGAGGAGACAAGUUUCUAUCUUCCUAUGGUUUCAGAAACAACUGGUGUAAGGAAAAGGCCAGAUUUAAAAGAAUUGAAGCAACAUUUCAAAAGAAUCCAUACAUUCAGUUCUAACAAGGUUUAGUACUUGUUUAAUGGACCAAUCAUAUUUACAUAUUUGAGGAUCAUCACUCCAUAAUAAAACAGAAACAAAAUCAAAAUGUUCAUCCAAUUGUCUGGAUCACCAGAGGAACAGCAACAUUUGAUGGUGAUCUUAAGCCCCAUCAUUUGGAAGUAGUUCAGUGAAAUAAGUGUGUCUGUAUUUUCUUCAGAUAAAUGCAGUUGGUGGUUAUCUGCUGCAUCAGAGCUGCCACUGUUGAAUGGUUUCAUCCUAAAUUUAAUACCUAUUGAUUUAUGUAGAACUUAGGUGCACUUGAUUUGUUCUGGAGUAAGACCACUGUAUGGAAAUCAACACUAGGUUAGUCAAAAUAAGAUCUGCAGCUGAAGACUUUGUGGGUACAAUGCAUAUUUUGAACUCUAUCUAAAUGGUGGUUGCCUUGUUGCUUCAGAAGGUCUUAUGCGCUUCAUCCCUAUUGCAUAUGCUGAACAUUAUCUAACUAAAGAACAUGGAGAAGCCAUUCCUCAAGCAGUGUUACAUGUACAUAUCCAAGCACUGAAACCAUUGCAUCAUGAAAUGCGUUUAUUGUUUGGGGUAGACAAAUGCUUUCGUUUCAAUUAUUCAAACUUCUUUGUAUUGUGAAUUCAUUUUUGUUGUUGUUUUGCUUACCUCCGCUUAUUGCAGUAAGUAUGGUUUUGAUAUUUCCCAUUUCCUAAUAAGGAAAUAAGGAUUUUAUUUACAAUAGUGAUAAACUGUCUGAUUUCAAUUUCUGGUUUUAAAUGUUGGACUUUUUUUAAAACCAAGGCAGAAAAUAAAGAUGGUAACUUAUAAAUAACUUUUUAAAAAGGAUAUUGGACAAGAAAUACAGAUUCCUGUAUUUUAGCUCUGGCACAUUUAAAAUAAGCAUUUAUUGUCUUUAACAAGUGAAGAAAUAUGAAGAUAGUGUUUCUUUAAGUACAGGGAAACACAAAACUGGACAUAGUCUCUCUUAACAGAAUGUAUUGCUGUUCUCUUGUUUGCUGUGUAAAUUGUUUUAAUGAAUUGUGUGAGCACAUUCACCACGUAAUGAUGUGUGUACGUAUGGGGAGGGGAAAGCAAAAUGUUUUAUGAGAAAAGGAGUGGAUAAAUUAGGAAAAACCAUCCAAUUAAAGAAUCUUUUUAAGUGCAAUAUAUUUAUUUCUGCCAGAAAUAUAAUAUCAACAUUAUGUGACAUUUGAAGCACUAAAUGUGAUUUGUAAACAGCUUAAAAUAAUUAUAUAUAUAUCACAAAGUUGUACAUAAGUGCAAAUAUGGACAUUCAUUUUCUUUCAUUAAAAUAUUGGAAUUUUUAAA